GCGGGGCCACAAGCCGAGUCGUGCGCUGGGGCCACCAAGGAAGCGACAUUCAGAGGCUAUUUCCCCCUUCCCCGCCGCUGUGAGGGACGCGGGGCAGAACCUUUUUCCUCUUCCAUCCCCACUCUCAUUCCCGUUCCUCUUCCGCCUCCGCGCUCCCGGUAACCCGUCCGCCGCCAGGACCCCGCGCGGGGCUGCCCUGCGCGCUGCCUAACCCCCGCCCCUCGGGAAGCGCCGCUCCGCGCCGCCCGCAGCCGCUGCUCUGCCGCCGUCAAGCGGCGCCGCUCCUCCCUUCGCGCCCGGGCGUGGCGGGCCGGGCGCGGCGGGCUCGGUCGGGGCUGCGCCGCGGGUCGGGCAGCGCGGAGGAGGCCUGGCCGCCGUGAGGGGAGAAGCGCUUGGGGACCUCGGAGGGGCGGAGGAGGAGAAGGAGGCGGUGGCGGCGGCGGCGCCGGGCGGGCCCAUGUCGGCACCGGGCACAGGUUUGCCUGGGUAACACAAUGCCAGCUGAGCGCAAAAAGCCAGCAAAUAUGGAAGAAAAAGAAUCUCAGUUAAAUAACAAAGAAAAAGAAUUUGGUGAAAGGCGACCAGUGAGCACCAGGGAGAAGCCAAAAGAAGAUGUGAAGGUUGGCAUGAAGAGGGAGACCUUAAAAAUUCCUGAAGAUAAAAAGAAAAAAAUGGAAGAGGAUAAAAGAAAGAAGGAAGACAAGGAGCGGAAGAAGAAAGAAGAGGAUAAAGUAAAGGCAGAAGAGGAGCAAAAGAAGAAAGAAGAAGAAGAAAAAAAGAAACUUGAAGAAGAGGAGAAAAAGAAACAAGAGGAGGAAGAGAAAAAGAAACAAGAAGAAGAAGCUGCUCAGCUGAAGGAGAAAGAGGAAGCACAUCAGCUCCAUCAGGAGGCUUGGGAGCGCCAUCAGGCAAGAAAAGAGCUCCGCAGUAAAAAUCAGAACGCACCGGAGAGUCGUCCGGAGGAAAACUUCUUCAGCAGACUGGACUCCAGUCUGAAGAAGAACACAGCUUUUGUUAAGAAGCUAAAAACCAUUACGGAGCAACAAAGGGACUCCUUGUCCCAUGACUUUAAUAGCUUGAAUUUAAGCAAAUACAUUGCAGAAGCAGUAGCUUCUAUUGUGGAGGCCAAACUGAAAAUAUCCGACGUGAACUGCGCUGUGCACUUGUGUUCCCUCUUUCACCAGCGAUAUGCUGAUUUUGCUCCUUCAUUACUUCAGGCUUGGAAAAAACAUUUUGAAGCAAGGAAAGAAGAGAAGACUCCCAACAUCACCAAGUUAAGAACUGAUUUGCGUUUCAUUGCAGAAUUGACAAUAGUUGGGAUUUUCACUGACAAGGAAGGUUUGUCUUUAAUCUAUGAGCAGCUUAAAAAUAUUAUUAACGCUGAUCGAGAAUCCCACACUCAUGUUUCUGUGGUUAUCAGCUUUUGUCGGCACUGUGGAGAUGACAUUGCUGGUUUGGUACCAAGGAAAGUAAAAACUGUUGCAGAGAAGUUUAACUUGAGCUUUCCUCCUAGUGAGAUAAUUAGCCCAGAGAAACAACAGCCCUUCCAGAAUUUAUUGAAGGAAUACUUUACAUCUUUGACCAAACACCUGAAAAGGGACCACAGGGAGCUACAAAAUAUUGAAAGACAAAACAGACGCAUUCUCCACUCCAAAGGAGAGCUGAGUGAAGAUCGACACAAGCAAUAUGAGGAAUUUGCAAUGUCAUAUCAGAAGCUGUUGGCAAAUUCUCAGUCUCUGGCUGAUCUUUUGGAUGAGAACAUGCCUGACCUUCCCCAAGAGAAACCAACCCCUGAGGAACAUGGACCUGGUAUUGAUAUUUUCACACCAGGAAAGCCUGGAGAAUAUGACUUGGAGGGGGGUAUCUGGGAAGAUGAAGAUGCUAGAAACUUCUAUGAGAAUCUCAUUGACUUGAAGGCUUUUGUGCCAGCAAUUUUGUUUAAAGAUAAUGAAAAAUAUUCCCAGAACAAGGAUUCCAGCAAAGAUGAAUCAAGAGAUUCAAAAGAUGCCAAAGAUAAUAAGGAAGCAGCUGGGAAUGAGGAUCUGGAAUUGGAGCUGGAGAACCUGGAUAUUAAUGAUGAUGCGCUGGAGUUGGACUGUGGAGAUGAGGCAGAAGAUCUUACAAAGAAGCUUCUUGAUGAGCAAGAACAAGAGGAUGAAGAAGCCAGUACUGGAUCUCAUUUAAAACUCAUAGUAGAUGCUUUUCUUCAGCAGCUUCCAAAUUGUGUCAACAGAGACCUCAUAGACAAGGCAGCAAUGGAUUUUUGCAUGAAUAUGAAUACAAAAGCCAACAGAAGAAAACUGGUACGAGCACUUUUCAUAGUUCCUAGACAAAGAUUGGAUUUGCUACCAUUUUAUGCAAGACUGGUUGCCACAUUGCAUCCCUGUAUGUCUGAUGUAGCAGAGGAUCUCUGUUCCAUGCUGAAAGGGGAUUUCAGGUUCCAUGUAAGAAAAAAGGACCAGAUCAACAUUGAAACAAAGAAUAAAACUGUGAGAUUUAUUGGUGAGCUUACCAAGUUUAAGAUGUUCUCCAAAAAUGAUACUCUCCACUGUUUAAAGAUGCUUCUGUCAGACUUCUCUCAUCAUCAUAUUGAAAUGGCUUGUACCUUGCUGGAAACCUGUGGAAGAUUCCUCUUCAGAUCACCAGAAUCUCACUUAAGAACCAGCGUUCUUUUGGAACAAAUGAUGAGGAAAAAACAAGCAAUGCAUCUUGAUGCACGCUAUGUUACAAUGGUAGAAAAUGCCUAUUACUACUGUAAUCCCCCUCCAGCUGAAAAAACUGUGAAGAAAAAACGUCCUCCUUUGCAAGAAUAUAUCCGUAAGCUUCUUUACAAGGAUCUCUCCAAGGUCACCACAGAAAAGGUCCUGAGACAGAUGCGCAAGCUGCCUUGGCAGGAUGCAGAAGUUAAGGACUAUGUUAUAUGCUGUAUGAUCAACAUCUGGAAUGUGAAAUAUAAUAGUAUUCACUGUGUAGCCAACCUCUUAGCAGGGUUGGUCCUUUACCAGGAAGAUGUUGGAAUUCAUGUUGUGGAUGGAGUGCUAGAGGAUAUUCGACUAGGAAUGGAGGUUAAUCAACCAAAGUUCAACCAACGGCGGAUCAGCAGUGCCAAGUUUUUGGGGGAGCUUUACAACUAUCGAAUGGUAGAGUCAGCUGUAAUAUUUAGAACUCUGUAUUCCUUCACCUCAUUUGGUGUGAACCCUGAUGGCAGUCCUAGUCCACUGGACCCUCCAGAACAUCUGUUCAGAAUCAGACUCGUCUGUACUAUCCUCGAUACCUGUGGGCAGUAUUUUGAUAGAGGAUCCAGCAAGCGAAAACUUGAUUGCUUCCUUGUAUAUUUUCAGCGCUAUGUGUGGUGGAAAAAAAGUCUGGAUGUUUGGACAAAGGACCACCCUUUUCCUAUAGACAUAGACUAUAUGAUCAGUGAUACACUGGAACUGCUGAGACCAAAGAUAAAGCUCUGCAAUUCUCUGGAAGAAGCUGUCAGACAGGUGCAAGACUUGGAACGAGAAUUCUUAAUAAAAUUGGGAAUUGUGAAUGACAAAGAUUCCAAGGAUUCCAUUACGGAAGGAGAGAAUCUGGAGGAGGAUGAAGAGGAGGAGGAAGGUGGAGCAGAGACAGAGGAACAAUCUGGAAAUGAAAGUGAAGUAAAUGAGCCAGAAGAAGAGGAGGGCUCUGACAAUGAGGAAGAAGAGGGUGAAGAAGAAGAGGAGGAAAACACCGAUUAUCUUACAGACUCCAAUAAGGAAAAUGAAACCGAUGAGGAGAAUACAGAGGUAAUGAUUAAAGGAGGAGGACUGAAGCAUGUUCCUUGUGCAGAGGAUGAGGACUUCAUUCAGGCCUUGGAUAAAAUGAUGCUGGAAAAUCUUCAGCAACGGAGUGGUGAAUCUGUUAAAGUGCAUCAGUUGGAUGUUGCUAUUCCUCUGCAUCUCAAAAGUCAGCUGAAGAAGGGCCCCCCGCUUGGAAGUGGGGAAGGAGAGUCAGAGUCUGGGGACACGAUGCCAUUUGUCAUGUUAACACGAAAAGGCAACAAACAACAGUUUAAGAUUCUAAAUGUACCGAUGUCUUCCCAACUUGCUGCAAACCAUUGGAACCAACAGCAAGCGGAACAGGAGGAGAGAAUGAGGAUGAAAAAGCUCACUUUGGAUAUCAAUGAACGGCAGGAACAAGAGGACUAUCAGGAAAUGUUGCAGUCUCUGGCACAGCGUCCAGCUCCAGCAAAUACUAAUCGUGAGCGGCGGCCUCGUUACCAGCAUCCGAAGGGAGCACCUAAUGCAGAUCUAAUCUUUAAAACCGGUGGGAGGAGACGCUGAUCCAGCCGCCAGUGUCAUUUCAUUAGGUCCUGUAUCUCUGGUGUUGUGGAGUCCUCCAGCGAUUAAACGAGAGCAGUGGACACAUCUCAGCAUGUCAGUCUAGAGCGUUCAGAACCGAAACCUGGGACAGGCUGGGGCCGUGGGGCACGAAGAGCAGCCUCCCCUCUCCCCCCCCACCCCCCCAAAAAAGCUUUUUGUUAUGGGAACCGCGUUGAGGGUUAAUCUUCUCAUAGGAGCAGAAGCAAACGAGUGAGAUGGGGAACUUGACCUGCGAGCAGCUCGGUGAGAGCCGGGAGCAGCCUGGAGUUCAGACGAUUACACUGGAAUGGGAAAGGCCUUUGGCAGCUCAGCGUGCAGGGAAAUAAAGCUCUGAACUCGCCGCGAGUUACGUUGUCUCCGACUCGAGCACUUGGUGUUGGAAGGAUGUUCUUUGGGGGCUGCAAAUCUACAGUAGAAAAACAUAGAGCAAAUGGCAAAAUCCAGAAGAAAACCCUGCCGAGUAGGAUAACUUCUCAAACACUCCUCAGUGAGGAUGUUCUUGGUUAAGGAAGAGCCUUUUGCUGCCAGAUGUGCCAGAAAGGGGGUGGGGAGGGGUGAAAAGCUGAAGAGCCAAGGAGGUAAAAUGUCUGUUAAGGUUUAAAAUAGAAAGUGAAGUUGAUGAACACGGGGUGUUGACUCGUACUGCUUGGAACAGCCUGACACCAGCCUAAGGACAGGGAUAUAGUUGAGCCCAUUGUAUGUAUCAUUGAAAACCAAAACGUGCCAGUCAGCAUAACAGGAGGAUGUCAAGGAGUGGAUCCAAAUAUUUUGUUGAUCUUCAUGGGUUGAUAAGCCUCUGUGUCUAUUGAAACAAACAAAAAGUUUAAAAAAAAAAUUUAAGUCUGGAAACAAGUAGAAUUUUAAUUUUUUUUCUCAGUAGAAAUGAGUUUUCUUGGUCUGUUUCUGACAAUCUGUUAUUUAUUAGCAUAGGGUUUUGUUUGCUUUCAGGUAGAGGUAGUUCAUUGAGUUAAAGAGCCCAUCUGUAUGUUACUACUAAUUCUUUUUUCUAGCUCUUUUAAAAUCCUUUUUACCACUGGUUUUGGUUUCUGCAUGUAGGAAGAGAGACUUGUAAAAUUGUAACAUUUCAUACAGAAAUGUCGCCCAAUCGAUCUUCACCAGCUUCAGAAAUCUGACCUUUGCCAAUGCUGCAAUAAAGUGUUGUAAUUUAGAAACAGUGUCUGCCUCUUGACAUUCACUUUGUUCUUUGGAAAUGAUGUUUUGAAG